AUGACUAUCCUUCCAGUUGCUUGUAUUCAUGGCAACUUCCAUUCAUCAUUGAAUCACCAAAAGCACUUGAUUCUUAGCGAUAGCAUCGCCCUAGAAACAAUGACAUUUAUAAACAUAGGAAUAAUAUUGUUUUGGAAUUGUGUUGAACUUUUAUUUCUUUUAUUUUCUUUUCACAAAACUAAGAAAGAGAUACAAACUGGCACUAGUGGAGAAAAAUUAAAAAUUUAUAGCAUCAAUCGCGUGAGAGCUCACACUGCAUGUCUCGGCUUUUUAGUGGUUGUUAAGACAGCAUCAAAUACCUUUAAACUUUUUUUACGGGCCAAUUACCCUAAUAAUUUCGAGCAUUCCUUAUGUUUCUAUCUCUUUGUUGUCUGCGACAACUUUUCUGUACCAUUUUUCGCUAUUUUUGAAAAGACGAUUGACAAAUGUCAAGGUUUACAACAAAAUUCCCAUAGAUGUGAAGAAGGCUAUGUAAUAAAUGAAGAUGAUGCAUUAAAUGAGGACGAUACUGGUUCUUCAUAUUAA